ACAUUGCUAGCUUUUAGACUGCCUCUGUGUAAUAUAGUUGCCCAGUUUACAGCCUAGUUUUCCCAGCCACCAACAUUGGAAUACAUCUGCAUUACAGUCGGGGGGGGACUGACAACUCAUGGGGCCCCCGGGCAAUAGGGGAUCAUGGGGCCCCUGUGUCCUCACCCACACCCAAAAAAGCCUAUGAAAAAGCCAAUGAAAAGUACCAGGGGCAUCUCAUGGAGCCCCCUACUAACUCCAGGCCCUCGGGCAGUACCCGAAUGGUCAGUCCGCCCCUGAUU